AUGUUAGGAUUCGUAGCCAAAUCCAUGGAUCGCCAAUACGAGUACUUGCAAGACCAGGAGGGUGGCGGCUUCGCGUCAGGCUGGCCUGCCACCGACCAAGUGCCAGGUCAGCAACAACCACAUUCCUCACUGCCAGGUCAGCAGCAAUCGCAGCCCGGCGAUCAAGGGUUUCUAGACGCCAGUAACGAUCGGCCAGCUGGCCAGGAGGGUCCGGGUCUCUCGGGUCGACCAGCGGGAGGAAUGGUUUCCGCGGAAUAUGCGGACGAGGGGCAACCCGCUGGAGGCGGAAUCGGCGGGAGCGGUUCCGGCGGUGGAACCGGUGCGGGGUUCGCGGGGAAAGGCGUUGCUGGGGGAGCGUCCGCUGCCGGGGGAUGCUCCGCCGCUGGCGGAGGUUCCGCCUCUCGUGGAGAAUCGUCUCUCGCGCGCAUACUGUCGCUGGAAGAGCUAUCUACCGGGGAACUACGGUUCGGGAGACACGCGGAGUUGGAUUCCGCAGUGGGGAAGGCGCGGGAAGGAGCUUCGGGGGGAGCUGCGGGGGGACUGGGGGAAGGGAGAGCGGACCAGGCGGCAGCUGGGGGGGGCUUGCCUGUUGUGACUGUAACGGGAGAGGAGCGGAGGAGGAUGGUGGCGGCGUUGAGGGAUGGUCGAGAUCGUGCAAGGGAUCGGACUCGACAUCUGCAGGACGCCCUAUCACGUCUCGACACGUGGCUCAACGGUGUGAGCAUGAGGAGGCGCGUGGGCAGGGGCGACGGAGCCAACGCUGCAGCUGGUGGUGCUGCUGUCAGUGCUGGCGGCGCGAGCGGGGCAGCUGGGACGCCAGGGGAUAACAGCCGAAGCAGUGGCAGCGCGGGGGAUGGUGCUGCUGGGGUUGGAGUUGGAGCAGGGGGGAGAGGGGCUGCUGGUGGUGGUGGGGGAGGAGGGGGAGGAGGGGGACGGACAGGGCCGGGGCACUCGAAAGCUGGGGGUGGCGCGAACCGGCAUGCGCGCACAUUGCAAUUUACUCCUGCUUCUCCGUUCUGCACCGCGAAACCAUAUCCUUUCCCUCUGUGCCACCAGCCCUUCCUUCCUGCUACCUUCACUUUCCUUCAUGACACUUUCAUUCUUGUCUUGCACCUUCUAUUUUUGUUCUGUCUAUCAACAGAGGAGUCUAUUCAGCAGUUCUGUCGUCAUCCUCCAAUGCGCCCUGUCUCUCCUCUCUCCCCACAUCUGCUCGCCCCACCUCCUUUCCACCACCAGUCAAACCACGAAAACGCCUCGGAUCAAAAGCACCUCGCAGGGUCUGGCGCAGCAGCAGGAGGAGCAGCAGGGGCAAGCGGACACGAGGGGCAGCAGCAGCACAGAAAGAUGAAGGGCAAGCGAUCCCGCCCCAAGGCAGAUGUUGCAGGGACUGCAACUGCAGCAGGAGGGAGUGUCAACGGCGUAGUAACAGACUCUCUUGCUGCUGGUACUGGUACUGGUGCUGCCGGUGGUGGUGCUGGUGGUGGUGCUUCUGCUGCAGCAACAGGCGCGGGAGGGGGGCUCAAGCGGUCCCUUUCGAGCUCUUCGCACAAGCCUGGAGGCUCGGCAGCAGGCUCGGGCUCAGGCUCGGUGUUCCGGGCCGGUCCUGUGCAUGGGGUGACGUCUGGAAGCAGGGCAGGAGCAGGUGAUGGGGGAGGGGGAGGAGGAACAGGAGGAGGGGGAGCAGGUAGUGAUAGUGGGCCUAAGGGACAGGCGGGCAAGGGGAUAGGGUUGCACCAGACAAGGGAUGCCAGUGGGAGGUUUGGCACCAUGCGAGCCGGGGGGAGUGGUGGGGGAGGAGGGGGAGGAGGGGGAGGCUCGUCUGUGCCUGGAAGCCCGCUUCAGGGGGAGGAAAAUGCGCCUAAGAGCAGUGGAGGCGGAGGGGGAGGGGGAGGCGGAGCGGGGAUCACUAAAGGACGAGCGACCCGCGGUCCUAGGACGUUGGGCGGGGGCGAUAAGGCAGGCGCGGGCGGAGUGGGAAAUGCAGGUGCAGGGGGGGGAGGGGGAGGAGGAGCGGCGGUGAGAAAGGUGGGAGGGGGAGCAGCAGAUAGGAAAGGGGCGUUUGGCGCACGAGCUGCUUCCCCUGCUCAUUCCGUGCAGUCUGAACGAGAGGGCGGAGGGGAUGGGGCUGGAUUGUGGGAUCAGCCGCAUCACCAGCAGCAGCAUCAGCAGGGUAAUCAGUCAGGGCUCCCCCCUACUAGCAGGGGGAGAAAGCCAGGCAAGCUGCAUAAAGCAGGAGCGGCAGGGGGAGGAGGAGGAGUUGGCGGAGCAGGGGGAGGAGCAGGGGGUGGGUCAGGGGGCAUUGGCGCAGCAGCAGCAGGGGGAGCAGGGGGAGGGGGAGCGGGAGCUGGCUUAGGUAUGGCUAUGUCCCCGUUAGGGUCUGUGGGGGUGAGUGAAGGGGGUGGGGAAGGGGACGAGGAGGGGUAUGGGGGGGAGGAGAUGGAUGGGGAAGGGGGUGGGGGUGGGCGGGAGGGAGGGGGACUUUGGCCGACAGAGAGUGGGAGUGUGGGGGGGCAUUUGGGGGGCGCGGGGGAGAGCUUAGGGGGAGCGGGGGGAGGGGCGGGGGGGGAAGCAGGGGGCUUGUCGGAGGUCCAGUCCCGAGGCACGGGAUUGGCUAAAGUGCGGAGAAAGGACAAAAAGGGCAAGCUGGGGAGAGUGAGAGAGAAAACAGAGGGAGGAGGGGGGGUAGUGAAGGAGGAAGGGGGAGGUGGAGGAGGGGGAGGGGCGGGAGGGGCGGAUGGGGUGAGGCGACAGGGGAGGACGGGGAGAUUAGUGGCUGCUGGGGGGUUGAGAUUGAAGAAAGAAGCCGUGUCUAGCAUGGGGAGUGAAGGGGCGGACGAUGGUGGGGUGCUGGGUAGUGGUGCUGGUGGCUCUGGUGGUGCUGGUGGUGCUGCCUCUGCUGCGGGUGGAGGUGGCAGUGGCGGUGGUGGGAGUGGUGGGGGUGGAGCAGGCGGGGUGGUUGGAGUGGCGAAUAACGUGAAGCAGAUCCGCACCUCUCGCCUGGGAUUGGACAAAGGAGAGAGAGGCGAGGCGCUGCGCAUGCAUGCGCUUUCCCUCCCUCCCAUAUAUCCUCUCAUCCCUCCUCUCCCGUUAUUCCUUCUUGCCAAUCCCAACCAACCAGGGGCGGCAGGGUGGACAGGCGCAAUGCGGCCAACAGGGUGCAGAGGCGCAUGCAUUCUCUUUCCCUCCCUCCCAUGUAACCCCUCCCGCCCGCUCUUUCCUCGCUCUCUUCCUUCUCGUCAAUUCCAACCAACCAGGGGCGGCAGGGUGGACAGGCGCAAUGCAGCCAACAGGGUGCAGAGGCGCAUGCAUGCAGACAGCCCAAUGGAGGAAUCCGGUGAUUCGGACGAUGAUGCGGAGGAGCUAUCAAAUGCGAUACAGGCAGCCAUGAAUACAGGAGCUGCAGCAGCGUCCAGCCCCUUCUGGAAAGCCGUUGAGCCAUUCUUCCACUUCCCUGCCCCAGAGGACCUUGCGAGACUGAGGCAGAUGUCUGGAGCAACAGAGGGAGCAGCAGCCGGUGCUGCUGGUGUUGAUUCCGCAGCAGCCAGUGCUGCUGGUAACUGCGCCCUGCAUGCUCUUCCCCCUCUCAUGGCUGUAACACCUGCUGGUGGUAACCGCUCGCCCGCAGGCGGGCUGGAAGGGGCGGGAGGAGGUUUGGACGGAGGUUUGGGAGGGGGUGGGAGGGAGUGGGGAGGAGUGGUUGGUGAGUCGAUGGUGAAUCGGCUGCUGUCUGCUUUGAUUGACUGCCCCAGGCAGGGCUGGGGCAAGGAGGGUGGGUGUGACGGAGGGGAGUGUAAGGAUGAUGAAGAGGAGGACGAGGAGGAGGAGGAGGAGGAGGAGGAGGAAGAGGUGGAGGAAAAGGAAGGGGAUGGUGAAAAGAGAGGGAAAGGGGAGAGAGGAGGUGCGAAGGACGAAGGAGAGGAGGACGAGGAGGGGUUUUUAAGGGGUGUUUUGGUGAAUGGGGGUGGGGGGGAUGGACGAGCUGCAGCAGGGGGGAAGAGGGGUAAUAAUGGAGGAGGAGUGGAAGGAGGGGAGGUAGAGUGGGUUUUACCUGCAGAAGAGGAGGUGUUAUCUGAUGCAGCACUUUCCGGGAACCUGCUUCGGGGCCCUUCGUUACUGUCACAGUCACACACAUGGGGGCAGGUUGAUUUCGGUCGAAUUAGAAACAGCCAAUCAAACAGCUGGCAGCCCAACAGUGGGCAGAUUUGGGCGCAGAUGGAAGGGGGGAGGGGGCCAGGGGGAGGGCUGUUGGGGGGGGGGAGGGGGAGAGAGGGGGAGUGGGGGAGGAGGACUGCUGAGUGCGGAGGAGUGGAGAGGUAUGGGGCUGGAAGCAAGGGUGCGACUGGAGUUGGCUCAUGUGGGACUGCUGCGCGUGCACGGGGUAAGAAGGGUGCAUGCAUUGGGGUAAGAUGCUGCAGAAGGUGCAGAGGCAGGACGAUGAGAUCAGUGCCAGCCUUCGCAUUUCCCACUCCUCAUCCCACCCCCUUCCGUCUGGCCAACCCCCCUUGUUCCGCCUCCCACCCACACCUCGCUCUCCCCUCACAGCUACAGGAGGCGCAGCGGCAGGACGAUGAGAUCAGUGCCAGCCUUCGCAUUUCCCACAGACGACUGCAAGUUAAGGCACAGCACAACCAGCACAAGGCAGCGUAUUUGGAAGAGGUGGUGGCAUCAAGGCGACUGGAGGAAGAAAGGAGCUGCGAGAAGCUGGUAGUGGAUCGGCUGCUGGAGAUGGCAUAUGCCAGACGAACGGGUCUCAAGAUGGCGGGAGCAGCGGGCACCAUCACCAAGGGCGCUGGUUCCUCCCUCAAGCUGGCCCGCCAGUCCGCCGUCCACUUUGUGCGCCGCGCCCUGCAGCGCGCCGACCAAUGGCACGCCGGCACGCUGCUGCCGCACCUGCAGCGUGUGCACCCGGACCUGCAGCCCUCGCCGAGCUUACUCGCCGAGCGCAGCCCGCUGCCAUGGACGCCCGGGCCUGGCGGUGUGGGUACUCCUGGAUUGGGAGGGGUGGGGAGGAGUUCUGGUGUGGUGACAACCCCAGGGGGGACACUAAGUGCCCAUGGUGCUGCUGCUGGUGCUGCUGGCGCUGCUGCCACUGCUGCUGGUGCAGGUGGUUUCGACGGUUCUGGGGCAGGUUUAUCUGGUGCAGGCGCCUCUGCCUCUGGCCUCCUCUCCCUGUUCAACCGCCAGAGACUGGCGCUCUUCCCCCCGUCCCCACCCCGCCCUCCCAUCCCUCUCUCCUUCGCUCCCACCGCCACCACCACUGCAGCAGCAGCUGCUGUCGCUGCUGCAGGUGCUGAUGACACCGCAAUGGGAGGGGAAUCGCCAGCACUGGAAAUCGCUGGGCUGAGUCCCCUGCGAGGGGCUGGUGCUGGUGGUGGUGGAGAGGGUGGUGUAGGGGGAGCAGGAGGGGGAGGCGUGCGAGAGGCAGAGGCGGAUAGUCUGGUGGCGUCGAUGCUCAUUGCUGGGUCUCCGUGUGACAGCUUCAGGGAAGGUGCGUGGCUUAGUGGCCUUCUAGGUGAGUCGGCUGGCAAGUCGCCAGGAGAGGCAGAGGCAGAUAGUCCGGUGGCGUCGAUGCUCAUUGCUGGUUCCCCUUGUGACAGCUUCAGGGAAGUUGCGUGCUGGGCUGAGGGCAGGCCAGGUGGCAUCCAUCCCUCCUCCUCUGACCUCUCCUCCUCUGACCUCUCCUCCUCUGACCUCUCCUCCUCUGACCUCUCCUCCUCUGACCUCUCCUCCUCUGACCUCUCCUCCUCUGACCUCUCCUCCUCUGACCUCUCCUCCUCUGACCUCUCCUCCUCUGACCUCUCCUCCUCUGACCUCUCCUCCUCUGACCUCUCCUCCUCUGACCUCUCCUCCUCUGACCUCUCCUCCUCUGACCUCUCCUCCUCUGACCUCUCCUCCUCUGACCUCUCCUCCUCUGACCUCUCCUCCUCUGACCUCUCCUCCUCUGACCUCUCCUCCUCUGACCUCUCCUCCUCUGACCUCUCCUCCUCUGACCUCUCCUCCUCUGACCUCUCCUCCUCUGACCUCUCCUCCUCUGACCUCUCCUCCCCUGACCUCUCCUCCUCUGACCUCUCCUCCCCUGACCUCUCCUCCUCUGACCUCUCCUCCCCUGACCUCUCCUCCUCUGACCUCUCCUCCCCUGACCUCUCCUCCCCUUCCACUCUCCACGUGCCCCCCCUCUCUCACUCUCUUUUUUCGCAGAGGCGAGUUCAAGGAGCAAUGGCAGUGGGGGAGGCUUCGGAAGGGUCGUUCAGACACAAGGAGAGAACGGCUCGACUGGAAGAUGUGUUUGGUGCUGGUGGUGCUGGUGCUGCUGGUGGUGGUGUGGUGGUGCUGCUGAUGGUGCUGGUAUUUUCCCUCUUAUUCAAUAUCCUCCUUUCCUUUCCCCCUCCCCGCGUAUUCCCACCAGAGCCACACUCACGCACAAAUUUGCGGCGAAGCGAGAGCAGGGGGGAGCGCAUGGGAGCAAUGGCAGGACCAGGCGGUGAUGCUUUGGAGGGGUCGUUCAGACACAAGGAGAGAACCGCUCGACUGGAGGAUGUAUUUGGUGCAGGUGGUAGCCCGAAUGAUGCUGUUGGUGCCGGUGCCACUGGUGCUGGUGGUGCUAGGGGUGCAGCAGGCGCGUCAGCAGCAGCAGGAGCAGGAGGAGGAGCGUCUAGAGGAGGGUUUUCUGGGGCAGGAGCAGCAGGGGGAGGAGCAGGGGGAGGGGUUAGUGGGGGGCCGGUACCUCUACUCCCAGGGAACAUCAAGCGGAAAAGAACAGACCGGGACAACCUGGAUUUCACCAAAGGGGGUUCCCCUGCCAGGCGCACAGGCGAGGGGGGGUCAGCAGGGGCCACCCCUACUGGUGCCCGGUCGAGCCUUGCCGGGGGAGGGGAGGGAGCGGGAGGGGGUGGCGGAGGGGAGAGGAAGAAGGGGCGGUGGCGGCAGCACCGGGUGGGGGGAGGGCAGAGAGGGGCAGGAGGGCAGGCUGCAACCCCCCCUGUGGCUACCCCGCCGGGUCACGAUUCAGGGGCGCUUGAUCCCUCUGGUGCUGCUGCUGCUGCUUCUGCGUGGGAGGGAGCAGGAGACUUUGAUUCUAAGCCUCUUGGGUCUUCUCCGGGGGAUUUUUUUGCACCUGGGUCGAGCCUCACGCAUGGUAUACCGCUUGGGAAGCGGUCGAGAGGCUCGGGAGUUGGUCCGGGGAAGUCGGGCAAGAGAAAAGCCUCGGCGGAUGAGUUCCCGGACCUGGAUCCAAACCGGAACGCCAUGCCUACGACGCCCCAGCCGGAGCUGGAGCAGGUGGUGGAGCUGGAUAACCUGGCGGCAGGCUCGGUGUUUGGUUCGGCGAUGCCGGAGCUGGGGGUGCAGGGGGAUGACUUUGGUGGAUGGCUGGCGGGAUUGCCGAACGAUGAGCUGCUAAUGGGGGAAGAUCUUGGGGGUCUCGAUGGGCUUGCGGUCCCAACAGAUAAUUUGGCGGAUCUUGGCUUUUAG